UAUGACGAAACUGCCCCUGCACCUGCUCCUCCAGCCUCCUGCCGGCGGCGCCGCCUCCCUGCUCCGAUCCCUCCUGGCACCCGCGCGCCGCCUCACGGCGAUGUCGGCGGCGGCAAAAACGGCGCCGGUGAGUGGGGAGUACCCGUCGCCGGUGUCCCCACCCUACCCGGCCGCCUCCAAGGACGUGGAGCUCCGGCGCGCCAUGACCGCCUCCGCCCGCUCCGCGGUGUUCGCCUCCGCGGACGUCGUGUUCGAGGAUGAGUGGCUCGCGGUCGUCAACAAGCCCGCCGGAGUCUACUGCGACGCCCUCCUCACCGCCCUCCCUCGCUCCGCCGCUUCAGGGGACUCAGCUAUAAAACCUAACCUUCACCUUGCCAACAGACUGGAUCGUGAUACCAGUGGGCUCAUGAUUAUUACCAAAUGCAACAAAGUUGCAGGGAAGCUAGUAAAGGCAUUCACUGAACAUGAAGUCAAGAAAACUUAUCUUGCACUUUGCAUAGGUUGCACACCAACGUGGGAGAAGAUUAAGAUAUGUUCUGGUCAUGGGCGCUCGAAACAUGGUGCUUGGCGUGUGUAUGCUAUGCCUGAUGUUGGUCGGUCAUUACCAGGGGGCUCUGUUGUAAGGGACAUGAGCACACAGUUUGAAGUUUUAGGGGUCAAUGGUAAAGGGCAGUUUAGAGAACCCUACAGCUUUUACAGUGAUGAUAUUGAGUCAAUUACUGUACAAGAAAAGGCAGCUGACCAGACUUGUAAUGAUGUUGUGAAGGACAGUGUAAUUUUGGUUAGAGCCUAUCCUCAAAGUGGACGGACACAUCAGAUUCGUCUACAUUGCCAGUAUCUUGGGUUCCCGAUCAGAGGUGAUGUGAAGUAUGGCGGGGUGAUUGAGUGGAACGGCUUAGAGUGCGAUGGCCAUGCACUGCAUGCAGAGAGCUUGUCAUUUGUACACCCUGUCACUGGUUUGCACGUCACUUUCCAGUCACCUAUCCCUUCAUGGGCUAAAGAUUUUAUCUCAGCAAUGGAUUAAAGUUCCCUUGAUCUUAUUGUGAUACACAAUGCUCCCAUUGACACAGAUAUCCACCAAAGUAGUAAUUCUGAACUGCCAAAAGCGUUAUGCUCUUGGAGCUCUGGGAGUAGCCUUGGUCACUGACAACCUUUCUUGGGGGGAUGUUUAUCAAAAGUCCUUACUUUAUGAAUAUACUUUCACAAAUACUGAGAUGAUUGUCGCAGCAGAGUUUUGACUUCAGAAUUUAAUUGUAGCAUUUGUACUGUGGAGAUGUUGAGUCAUUUGUUAUAGUAUGCCUCUUCUUUCGAGUAUGUUCAAAUUGCUAAUGUAUGCACGCAUGUUGUAGCAUGGGUUAUUGGGUUGUUCAGUAAGAUAUACAGAAAAUUUCUUAGUAGACAACUCUGAACUGUCAAAAGCAUCUCUUGGAGAUCCUUUCUGGGAGCAGCAUUGAUGAUUCAUUAGAGCCUUUCGCAGCACAACUGGUGGGUGUUCAAAAUCUGUCCUUCGUGAUUUGGAUAUUAGAAAUACUGAGAUGAUUGUUGUGCCACAAUUUUGACUCCUUACUGUAAUUGUAACAUUUGUACCAGAGAGAUGUUGAGAUGCUUAUUAUACUGUUUCAACAAAGUAUGCACAACACCCAGGUUGUACCAUGGGA